UUACCCUCCAUGUUCCUCGCCGAAUGGUGGUUGAGGCUCACGUAUCCCCCGGUCGCUGGCGCGCCACGCUUACCCGAAGACCUCGAGCGCGAGAUAUUCAUCCGCGCCGCACUAGCGGACACGCGUGGGACACACAUCCCUCGUUUGCUCCGUGUCGCGAAACGGGUGCAUUCAUGGCUUGAGCCAUAUCUAUAUCGCGUCCUCUUGCUUCUGGACUACACCGACAACGCCAAGUUCAUUGCGGAUCGGCUGACCAGCAAGCCACCGCAUAUAUGGCGUGACGGGCCGCGACACCUCUUUCUGGCGUUGGGAGAUGACUCGCCCAAUGUUACUGUGAUGCGCGAGCUACUAUCCGCAUGUCCCCGGCUUGAAGAUAUCAAUUUCUACCCUCCCGACGACCAGCCUGGCGUAUUCCUCCCCGCCUUGCGCGGCAUGGAGGAGCUCAGACAGCUGUCGACCGAGCUGGCCGCGCUUUUCGACAGGACUCGCGGUAUAUCGAGCAUCGACCUGACUGGCCCCGGAUUCGCCGCGCUCACGCAUCUGAUGCUCUUCGACGAUCUUCCGUUUGUCACCGAGUUCGAAGCCACGCACCUCUCCACACAACUCGCGCUCCUCCCUGCGCUGACACACCUUGCGCUCGUGGGCACUAUCCAGAAACACUUGGUGAUUGCCAUCCUGACCACUUGCGAUGCCACGCUGCGAGUCCUUGUCAAUCGACGUCCAGACCUGCGUCGACACACGGUACAGACGAUGUAUGAGCGAGAGCUUAGUGGGGUGACCGAUGUACGCCUCGUGAUUAUGCCAUUCGGGGUGUGGGUAGGCGAGUGGGAGGACGCAGCGCGGGGCGUGAAGGACGACUUCUGGGUGGAGGCAGAACAAUUCGUCGCGCAAAAGCGACAGAAACAGAUAGAUGCGGAUACAUUCUGGACGGAUGAAAACAUGACUGUGUAG